AUGGGUGAUGUUGAGAAAAACAGGAAGAUGUUUGUUCAGAAAUGUGCCCAGUGCCACACUGUGGAGAAAGGAGGCAAGCACAAGACUGACCAAGUCUCCAUGGUCUGUGUGGGCAGAUUCUCUUACACAGAUGCCAACAAGAACAAAGGCAUCACCUGGCGAGAGGACACUCUGAUGAAGUAUUUGCAGAAUUCCAAGAAAUACAUUCCUGGAACCACAGUGAUUUUCGCUGGCAUUAAGAAGAAGAAUGAAAGGGCAGACUUGAUAGCUUAUCUCAAAAAAGCUAGUAAUGAGUAAGAGUUGGCCACUGCUUUAUUACAAAACAGCAAUGUCCCGUGACUUUUUUUAUGUGCACCAUAAUUUAAUUCUCAUACACCAGAAUUCAGAUAAUGAAUG